AGCCUGUGACAAGCCACGCCUUUGUUAUCUAACCUCAACCGGCAUAUUCGGCACUCCUAAAGUCAACUGACUAGUUUACUGCCUCUGGAGGAAACAAGGAGGCGAGAUCUUCAUAUUUUAUAUCUGACGACUUCUAUUAAAUAUAAACAGUAUGUUCGGGGCAGUGGUGGUUGGUGUUGGUAUAGCUGGUGGUGUGCGGAUAAGAGACAUGUUAAACCCGCUACCUGGCAGUGGUGCAGAGAAGCUGGUUGUCCGAGGAUUUAUUUCCAGAAGAAAUCUCAGUACUCUUGAAGAUGUGAAUCAGAUCUCAGUAGAGGAGGCCAUGAACAGAAAAGACAUCCGUGUUGCAUUCAUCUGUACUGAGAAUGAUGCUCACGAAGACUUUGUCAGGAUGUUUCUGGAAGCAGGGAAACACGUCUGUGUCGAGUAUCCCAUGACCCUGUCCUACAAGACUGCUGUUGAACUUUGGGUUUUAGCCCAGACAAAAGGCUUGAUUCUACAUGAGGAACACAUUGAGCUGCUGACAGAAGAUUACAAACAGCUGAAGAAAGAAGUAGCUGGGAAAGUUCUGCUGGAAGGUUCUCUUCAUUUUACUGGUGGAAGUCUAAAGCCUGGAUUUGGAUUUCCAGCCUUCAGUGGAAUCGCUCGCCUUUGUUGGCUGGUUGACUUGUUUGGUGAGCUUUCAGUAACAGGUGCAAACUUUGAACAGGACGCUGGAAAAGGCUACAGCAAGAUGACGGCACAGCUUCUCACUUCUGACAACAGGUUAAUCAUCAUCCUAUUCUCUUAAAGCUAUAGUUGGUAACCCUGUUCAGAAACACUUUUCGUUAUACUUUAUGUAUACAUUAUGUAUGCAGAAAAAGGAGGUUAAAGUUUUGAGCUAUUUGAAAGCUGCAGGACUGUAAAAACUGUGACCAAUCCCUGCCAUUCAAUACUUCAAAGAGGGACUUUGAUUUCCAGAAAAAUUGCUGACUUUGAAGCAAUGUUUGCAACAGACAUAUGUCAUUACAUAUGUUCUGUUUUUAACAUUUAACUUCACCUUCUUCCAGCCUUCCUUUAAAUA